AUGAGCUCCGAUGGCGAGAAGGUCCGCACCUCCGGUGAGGUAGUGCGCGAGACUCUCCCCACUGUCAACCCGGCAGCAGAGAAGCAGGAGGCCCCCAGGGCUGCCCUCCACCCGGCGGUCUAUGUGAGUAUCUGGAUUACUCUCAGUUCCAGUGUCAUUCUGUUCAACAAGUACCUCCUCGACUAUGCCAACUUCCGUUUCCCUAUCAUCCUCACAACAUGGCACUUGACUUUCGCGACCAUCAUGACCCAGAUCCUUGCCCGCACAACCACCGUCCUUGAUGGUCGCAAGAGUGUAAAAAUGACUGGCCGCGUCUACCUCCGCGCCAUCGUACCCAUUGGUCUCAUGUUCAGUCUUUCCUUGAUCUGCGGCAACAUGACCUAUUUAUAUCUGAGUGUUGCCUUCAUUCAGAUGCUCAAGGCCACUACUCCCGUUGCUGUCCUCAUCGCUACCUGGGGUAUGGGUAUGGCUCCCGUCAACUACAAGACUCUCAUGAACGUUUCGAUCAUCGUCGUUGGUGUCGUCAUUGCUUCUUUCGGUGAGAUUAAGUUCGUCAUGGUCGGUUUCCUGUUCCAGCUGGGUGGUAUUGUCUUUGAGGCCACUCGUCUGGUUAUGGUGCAGCGCCUGCUUAGCUCUGCGGAGUACAAGAUGGAUCCCAUGGUCUCUCUUUACUACUUUGCUCCUAUCUGUGCGGUGAUGAACGGCUCCGUGGCUCUGUUCCUGGAGUUCCCCCGCCUCACCAUGGAUCACAUUUACAACGUGGGUGUAUGGGUUCUGCUCGCCAACGCCAUGGUCGCUUUCUUGCUGAACGUCUCUGUCGUUUUCUUGAUUGGCAAGACUUCGUCUCUGGUGAUGACCCUGUGCGGUGUCCUGAAAGAUAUCCUGCUGGUUGCCGCCUCUAUGAUGCUGUGGAACACCCCGGUCACUCCCUUGCAGUUCUUUGGUUACUCCGUCGCUCUCAUCGGUCUAGUCUACUACAAGCUGGGUGGUGACAAGAUCCGCGAGUACACUGGCCAGGCUAACCGUGCCUGGGCCGAGUAUGGCAACAACCGCCCUGCCCAGCGCAAGUUUGUUAUCUUUGGUGCGGCUGCUAUCAUCUUCUUCCUCUUCAUUGGCACUAUGGCCCCCGGCUAUGCCCCCGAAUCCGUGAAGGGCAUGCUUGGUGGUGCUACUCCGGCCAAUUAG